AUGUUUAACGCAGCCCCCUUCGUACGGUACCAGCGUGGCAUCGAUUGCACGAAGCUCAUGAACAGGCUGGGUAUGCGCAGUACAACCAAGGUUGUCGAUGGACGAAGUUUUGUCCCCGGAAUGGCUCUGUUUAGAGACAGCAACCUCGUCAAUCCUGCAGCACGGGAAAGGGGGUACCCGUCGAUCUUGGACUGGGAAUAUCCGCUUUUUGAUGCGCAGGGCAAUACGGUCCAGAGGUUACACCCUAAGCCAUCGAUGCUACUUGACGGCCGGGAAGAGUCCUCUACGUCCCCGCGAACAUAA